AUGGCGAAUAGACUAAAAACGCAAAUUCAAUUUAGUGAUGAUUAAACAAAUAUGAAUAUAGAUGAAACCAAUGAAACUAAAAGAUUUGAAGAUCAUUAUGAAUGUCUAAAGUCUAUAGGUAAAAAAUAAUCAAUUUAUAAUGUCUAUAGGUUAAGGUGCUCAUGCAGUUGUAAAAACAGCAAAGAAAAAAGGCACAGAUCAAAUUUAUGCUGUUAAAAUAGUACGUUCUGGAGAUUAAGAAAUAUAAAAUAAUGUUAGAAGAACAUUCAAUAAUACUUUAUGUCUCAGACAUUAAAAUAUCGCUUAGAAUAUUGAAUUGUAUAUCAAUGAAAAAAGUGAAACCUCUUAUUUAGUUAUGGAGUAUUGUGAUUUUCCUAGUUUGGAUACCAUCAUUAAAAAGCGUCCAUUAACAACAGAAGAGCUUAAAGUUAUUAUCAAAUAAUUAUUGUUGGCAAUAUAACAUUCUCAUUCUAAAGGCAUUUGUCAUAGAGAUCUUAAACCAGAUAAUAUUCUUGUUAAUUUAUAAGAAAAUAGUACUCCACCUCAUGUAAAACUUGUAGAUUUUGGAGUCUCUCGAAGAUUUAUAUCAAAAGCAUAAGAAAUUGAUAUGCUCACUAAAACUGGCAAUAUUUUCUACUGUGCACCUGAAAUUUAUCAUAAAGCAAGCUAUUCUAAAGAAGUUGAUGUCUGGGCUAUAGGAGUCAUUUGUUAUUAAUGUACAUUUUAAAAAUUACCUUUACAUUCUAAUCAACUAUCAGAUUUUGUUGAUUUAUUAGGUAAUCCAGAUAAAUGGACAUUUAAAGAAUCUUUAAAUAAUAUAGAUAUGCCAUUAUCAAAUCUUAUAUUAUCUAUGUUAAAUCCAAAUUAAGAAAAUAGAAUAACUGUAGAUGAAGCCCUUCAACAUCCCUUUUUUGAAAUUGGAACUAUUCGUGAUGUUAUGGCUUUGUUAAAUAAAGAUAAUGUUGAAAGAGAUAAUUGUGGAAGAUGUCGAUCCUUAUAAAAUAGUCUUAAAUUAAAUGAAUAAUGGGGAGAUAUGAUCAAAAAAUUAUAAAAUAGUUCUAAUGAAAUUGAAAAUAUCAAUAUUAAUGAUUUAGUUAGAGAUUUUGGAAAUAUUCAUAUAAUCUAAAGACAUACUGAUAAAUGUGGAUUAAUUUAAUUAAUGAAUUCAGUUGGAAGUAGUAAUGCCUUUAUGAGUAAAUUAGGAUCUAGAUAAGAAAUUUUAGAUAGAAGUUGUGGUCUCUAAUUUUGUGGAUCGUCAAGUAUUUAUUAUUACUAUUUAUAAUUAUUUAGAUAAAACAAUUCAUUAAGAUCCAUUUGGAGAUGUCUGUAAUAUACAAAGUAGUUUAGAAAUGAAAGAAGAAUAACAUAAUUCAAAUAAUAGAAUAUUAUCAUAAUUAGGAACAUAUUAGGAUCAUAGUUUAGAGGUUACUUCUAGUGAUUGGUAAUUGGUAUCUUAAAAACAGAAUUAAUAGUAAGAACAACAGAGUAUCAAAAAGAGAGGAUCAUAAGUUAAUAGAAUGUUUAAUGAAUUAGGAAUUAAAGAAGUAGAUGAAAUUACUGAAGAUUAAUCUUGA